AUGAACAAACUCUCAGCCAAGAUAUCUCCUUCCUCCGGACCCCUACCCAUCACACUUCACCUGCCUACACCAGCAAGUGAGAAGGAUCCUCAAGAACAGAAUUUAAUUCAGGAUGAAUCUGAUGCAGAAAGACCAUCUAAACGUUGCUGCACUCGCUGGCCAUUCCGAGCUGUGCGGAAGGUCACAUGUGGGCUCAUUUUAGGGGCUUGUGUGGCUGUUUCCUGGGCCUGGGGUACUCAUAGUGCUAAAGAAACUCUGAUAAGACAUCCCACCCCAUUCUUUAUCAUCUGGUUCUGCAGCACCUGGAACAUUCUCUUUUUUCCCUUUUACUAUCUGUGUCAUCUUCUCACAGAGAAACAGAAGCAGUUGCCAACCACCGAGUUCAGAAAAUGUAGUCAGUUUCUGGGUGAAGAACUGACCGUAAGAAUUGUUCUGAAAGGAGCAGCUCCAUUCUCAGUGCUAUGGAGUUUAUCUGGUUAUCUGUACUUAUUGGCGCUUUGUCGCAUCUCCAAAGUGGACGUAAGUGCCGUCCUCUGCUGCAGCCAAGCUUUUACAUUCCUCCUUUCAUGGAUCGGACUCAAGGACCGCUUCAUGGGUGUCAGGGUAGUAGCUGCCAUCCUGUCCAUCACUGGCAUUGUUAUGUUGGCCUAUGGGGAUGGUUUUCAUAGCGACUCAAUCACAGGAGUGGCACUGGGAGUUGGCUCAGCUUCAACUUCUGCUUUAUUCAAGGUGCUUUUCAGAAAGCGUGUAGGGAAUGUCCAUCCAGGCCCUGCCAGUGUGUUACUAUCCUGUGCGGGUCUGUGUAGCUUUGUCCUCCACUCCUGGGUGUGUGUAUUGCUUUAUUUCACACAUGUGGAAUACUGGCCUCCCUCUCAGCACAUCCCCUGGGAUAAACUCUGUGUCAUGGCUUCUCUACUGCUUGUUUUCAAUGUGCUGGUAAAUGUGGGAGGAAUGUUUACGUACCCUAGUUUAAUUUCUCUGGGAAUUCUCUUGACCAUCCCAGCAAGUGCAGCUGUAGAUACAUUUGUGACGGUCACUCUGCACAUUAGCCAUGUGCGAGCAGCGGCAGCCAGCAUCAUCUCAGCAGGGUAUCUCAUGCUGCAGCUUCCAGAAAACUGGGAUGAGAGCACUUUGCGCUGGCUCAGCACACUGUGGCGUGGAAACUGGCGAGAGGACAGUGUCGUCGGAGAAGAGUCUGUAGUGGAACCUGCUGGCAUUGCACGAGCAAAACCCAAACCAGCCGUAGUGGCACUCAGCUGA